GGUGGGCGGCGAGUGGCGCGGGGCCCGAGGGGGGCAGAGUUUGAUUAAAUUCCCGCGAGAGGAGAUGAAGUCGGGAGCGGGAGGCAUCUGGAGGUGUCUGGAGGCAUCAGGAAUGAUAAACGUAAACAUCCAAAGGGCAUGUUUCGCAAGGGACGGAUUAUCAUAACAAACGUGGUCGAGGAUAACCCGGACGUUUUCCUGGUAUGUCGAUAGGCUGGAUGGAUAUUGCGCGACGGACGUGCAAUCGCGAUACGUGUUGCGCAAGUUGAACGUAAACGUUUCGACGUUCGGUGCCCGACGAUGUCGGCGGGCGCGAAGUAACGCGAUGGUCGCGAUGUCCCGCAGCUUUGUGACAGACGCGUGAUAAACGAGGCAGAGGGAAACGAUGAGCCGCCCGAAAUGGGACGUGCUGUGGUCCCCCUUUCACUCGGACCGAUUCAUCACGUGGGACAGCGACACGAUGUUGAAUCUCUACGAGAUCAGUCCGCGUGAUAAUAGCGUACGGGAGAACGAGCAAACUUAUCUGCAGAUUUCGGAUCAUUCCGUAGCGGAGCUGGUCUGCUCCAUUACCAUUAACAGCUACGCGAAAUGCGUCGACAUAUGUCCGCAACCGGAGCCGGACAUCGUUGCCAGUGGCCACGCGAAUGGAAAGAUAGUUCUGAGUACCUUCAGCGUGCCAGAGUUCGAUUAUCAGGGCCUGGUCGGCAGAGAAUUUGUUCCAAAGUACCUGAGGUCGUGCAACGUCGUUGCCUGGAAUCCUGUGGACACCCACCUGAUCAUGUCGGGCCUGGACAAACACAGCAAGGAGCACUCGGUGCUGCUCUGGGACGUGCACCAUUGUCCGAAAGGCUCGGGGGGACCGAUAGUGGAAGCCGGCAUAUCAGAAACCGUACAUUCCGCCGCUUGGUUUAAACACGAGCCAAGAUGUCUGGCUCUCGGUGUUAAUAACAAGCAGUUGAAAGUUAUCGAUUUCAGAGAUUCUGCAAAGGUGGUGAACGUUACUCCUACAAAAGCGAUAUAUAACCUAUCGGUAAACCCCCAUAAUAAUUAUCAGUUGCUUUCGCACGUCGACAAUCUGAUAACAAUCUGGGAUACUCGGUGCUUCGAGAAACCGAUCGUUACAAUAAUGCCGCAACGACAGGUCACAAAGGUGUUGUGGUGUCCCACUAGACGAAAUCUAAUUGGCACUUUACAAAAAGAUUCAGUCAGCCUGCAUCUGUUUGAUAUUCAGUACUGCGGGGUAGAGGACACUGAGCCGGGUGUUUUGGAAAGAGUGGUUUUACCACCGUGGCAUAGCCCCCUAAGUUUUUCAUGGCAUCCGACCGAUGAGAAUCGAUUGUUGGCUAUAUCGCUGCUAGGUGUAACCGAUUAUACUGUAUCCGAGAGAAUAACGCUCAACUGGUCCGCUCGGUCGUGUCUCAUGUGGAAUUGCGCUUUCAAGUCGUUUAAAUACAUACACAGUGAAGAUAGCGUUUAUAAGGAAUUAGAUGAUAUCUCAGUUUUAACCAAGAGGCGUGCUAUGUUCGAAUAUGGCUUGCUUCCGGAGUUGGCUCACAAUGGCGAUAUAGCUGAAAACGAAACUCUAAAAAAUGUAUGGCAAUGGUUGUACCUGAGUCGUUCUUUAGUAGAAGACGGUACUAUACAGAGUCCCGAUAAUAAGCAUCCUGGUGUGAGGACAGUUUUGAAAUUGGAUCAGCAAAAUCCGGUCAAUGGUUUGAAAACUGAACUGAUCCAUCGCCCGUGGACGGAUAUAGGUUCUGGUUAUAUGACAAAGGUUUACAGAUCGCCGGACAGAGAAAGGAGUCUUCUUCUGUGCGGUUUACGAUUUGACAGAGAAACCAAUACGGCGUAUGAUAAUGCGUAUCUGGAGAAGCUCGAGAAGGAAGGCGCGUACGCGAAAGCAGCCGCGUUCGCGGUAUUUAAUCUCUGCUUAAGGCAGGCUAUAGAUAUUUUAAACCGUGGUGCUAGCAAGAAGCAAACGACAAUUCUAAAUAUGGUGGCUAUGGCAUUGUCAGGCUUCUCCGAAGAACGUACUACAUUGUGGAGAGAAUCAUGCCAGAAAUCUAAAUCCCAGUUAUCAGACCCUUAUCUGAGAGCGACGUUCGGUUUCUUGACUGCGGAUAACGAGUCCUAUGAAAGCGUACUUAACGAAAAUGGUAUGGCCGUCGAAGAUCGAGUAGCAUUCGCUCUCAUGUUCUUAUCGGAUAAUAAGCUGCACGAGUACUUGAAAAAACUGACCCAGAAGGUAAUUGAAGACGGAGAUCUAGCGGGCUUCUUAGUUACAGGUGCGAGUAUGGAAAGUAUACAGUUAUUGAGUAAAUACUUGGAAAUCACCUCGGAUGUUCAAAGUUGUACUCUUAUCGCUAUCAGAGCUUUUCCGCCCAAGUUACUACAAGAGAAUCAAGUUCAAGUAUGGAUCACAAGUUACAGACACCUCUUGAACGCGUGGAAAUUAUGGUUUCAAAGAGCCAAAUUUGACAUCGCCAUGAGGUCCUCGACGCCGCAGGAGAGACCGCCGCAACAGAUACAUGUAUCUUGUCACUUCUGUGGCAAAAGCAUAUCAGCUUCCAUGCAAGGGCUCAGCAGGACGAGGGUCCCAUUCGGCAGAUUAGGCAGUACUCCUAACAAAUUAAAGAUGACGGCAUGCCCGAAUUGUCGUAAACCUUUGCCUCGGUGCGCAAUAUGCUUGAUGCACAUAGGCACCGUCAGCGGAUUACAAACAGCUCCCAGUCCCGGUGGCACCAGGAACGAGGAAUGCAAUACGAAACUUACGGAAUUCAACAGCUGGUUCUCGUGGUGCCUAACAUGUAAACACGGUGGACACAGCGAACAUAUAGCUCAGUGGUUUCGACAACACACUGAAUGCCCUGUAACGUCUUGCAAUUGUCGCUGCUCGUCCUUGGAUUACACGCGUAACGCAACUGUGACAUAGUUCUACGGUUUCGCAUGUUUUGUAUACUAUCUGAUCCCGCCGGAUUGACUUUAUGUACAGACGAGGGAAUGCAUGUUUGAAUGCUUUUCUUUUACAUUGCAGCAUUCCUUGUUACUUUUAUGGUAGGGAUAAUAUACCAGAUCAGCUAAUAGAAUGUAAAAAGCAAAAAAUGUAAGAAGAAAUGAAACAUAGUAAACAAUUUGUAUAUGCAAA